AUGAUGAUUUAUCGUCGAACUAUUACAAGAACAGAUCGUCUUGACUAUCUGCUCAUUGCUAAUUCAUAUAUAUCUAUGAUAGUUGCAUCUCCUCUAUUUAUGAUUAUGAAUAUUCAAGCAAUUUAUGGAUAUUUAUAUCCAAAUAGUUCAUUCGAAGGUUGGUGGUGUAGUAUAAAAUCAUAUGCUCUCUAUAUAAAUGGAUCUGUAUAUUUCUACUCAUUCUUACUUCAAGCUAUCUAUCGAUGUUGUCGAAUCGUUUUUCAUACACGACGUUCACUUCGUUCAUUUCGUCUUUAUGUAAUUCUUUCUUUUGUUCAAUGGAUAAUAGCAUGUGUGCAAGUAUUACCAAGUCUUUUUAUUGGUGAUUUGGAAUAUUUACCAAAUGAUUAUUAUUGUCAACUUUCACCAAUCAAUUUGCGUAGUACAAUAAUUUGUUUAUCACUAAUUUUUCUUAUUCCAUAUUUUUCGACAAUAUUCUGUUAUAUAUUUACUAUGUAUUAUGUUCGUAUGCGGCGUGUUGCCUUGGUAACUCUUCGUCAAAAUUUUAAAUUACGUCGAGAUAUUACUAUUUUGACGCAUCUUGCCAUUCUUCUUACUUUUAUAAUUACAGUAGCUAUGCCACAUAUAUUUAUGCCGAUUAUUUAUGUUCUCUUUGGUUAUGCUCCAUUAUGGGCAAGUUCAUUCGAAUGGUUUACAACUCUUUUUUCACUUGUUUCUGUUGCAAUCAUUCAAAUAUUUAUCAAUCCUCAUUUAAAAAAAUUAUUUACACGAACAAAUCGUGUGAAUGUUAGAACGAUACCAGUACAAACUGUAACAAUUUAA